AUACGAUAGGUCAAACUUAAUUUAUGCCGCUUUUUUUUAAUUUCUCAUGAUCAACCUAUUUAAGGACUGCUGAGUACGUUCAUACACAACACAUCUCACGUUCACCUCGGGACCAACAUGCAGAGCUUCCUUAUCCUUUCGCUUUCGGCUGUUACGCUGAGCGUACUUCUAGUCGAAAUGGGCCACAUGCAUCAGCUAAAUUGCAAACCACCAAAUCAAGGAGGGAGCUGCCUUUUGCCUCAAACGUGCAAUUGUUCCAUGCCGCCGGAGCACCCUAACGGAUCUGACCAUUUCACCUACAACGUUCGCACAAACUCAUGCAUUCCAAUCAAAACAAUGGAAACAAGGAAUACCAGUUGCAACGUUUUUGACAAUCGAACACAAUGCGAGUACUUCUGUGCUGAUGGUGAGGAAUACUAUAACUAUGAGUCAUCAGAAGAGGAUUACGAGUGAGAAGAGGGUGAAAAUGAAGGCUUAUAAGGCUUCCAGAACGCUGGUGAA